AUGGCCAGGUAUCACGACGAGAAUGCAGAGGCGGCUGAUGACAGUGAAUAUUCAACUGUUUUUUCCAGGUUCAAACAAACAUACUAUUGCCGUUUACAUCGACUGCUUACUGUCUUCCACGUCGGCAGCGACUGCCAUCUAAGACACCCGGCGAGCCGCAUGCAUGACCACCUCGACGCCGUGCUUGUGCGAGUCUGGCCGGGGAGGCUCAGGAAAGAUGUCUUCCACACGGAGAGCCGCAUUGUUUCGGUGCUUGAGGCGGCCCGCACACAAGGCACGAUGGAGAGGGUGAGAAAGCCAUCUGUCUCAAGGAGAGAUGCCGAUCCAACCCAGCAUGUUUCGCGCAUCAUCGGACGAGAGCGCUUGGCGGGCGCUCGACGGGCGCUCGAGGAAGUGACGGCGAAUAGCACAACGCAGCCGACCAGCCGCCCCGACUCGCUGGACGUCAGACCGAAGAUCAAGCACACCCACGGGGGCUCUUUAAAUUUUUGA